ACAUAUCUAUAAUGAUACUUGGUACAAAAUGGCAACAUCGUGUUGGGUGGGAUCCGAUAGUGAAAGGAGAAUUCACAGCUACACACAAUGGAAAGACUAUUACAAUUCCUCUUUCUACUCGCAAAGAAUUACGCAAUGCAUUUAAUACAGAAAAAUUAUAG